UGCUUAGAUAUUGUGUCAUUUUCUUGCACGAAGUUAAGGAUCAUGCCUAGGACUUGAAAUAUUAAUUCCUAAAUUAUAACUAUUUUAACUAAUAAGAUAUUGUGAAGUGAGAGAAGAUACUUCGACCACACAGAGAGUGAUGGUCUCUCAUCUAAUGCAGGGUUCGACUUUGAACGAAACUGAAGCAGAAGCAGCAAUACAAGCGAAAGACAACUCAGUCCUCCGGGGCAAGACCUUCUCUCCCAGACUACCUCCUGUAUACGACCAGCAGAGAGCCAAAUUCACAUUGGAUGCUGAGGCUUUGCGAAGAACAGGAUUGGACUUCGGCCCUGCACCUCAGGCAGCAGUGACGUCAUCACAACCCCUAGCUUACAACAUACCUCACAGCAUCAACCAGUCGCUUAUACCGAAAGACAAUGUCAUUUCAACGUCCAGCCCGGUGUCAGCUUCCACAGUCGCCGUUUCCUCCUCGGCUCCUCAAGGAGGUUCUCCCGCAGAGUCUCCAGCACCUUCCUCCACCUCGACCUCCAAGCCGUCCAUACCUCGGCCACCCUACUCCUACGUGGCCCUCAUCACCAUGGCGAUCGAGAACAGCAUCAUGAAGCGCGUCACUCUCAGCGAGAUCUACUCCUACAUCACCAGCAGGUUCCCUUACUACGCCGAACUGAAGAAAGCCGGCUGGCAGAACUCCAUAAGGCACAACCUCAGCCUCAACGAGUGCUUCCUGAAGAUCCCGCGGGAGGGCGGAGCUGACAGGAAGGGAAACUAUUGGGCUUUGGACCCUAACUACAAGGAUAUGUUCGAGAACGGUAACUACAGACGCAGGAAGCGGAUGAAGAGGCCUUAUAGAAACGCAGGACCUUACGGCAAGGGGUUGUACGACAACACCUACCAUCCCUACAGAUACCACCCCUACGCGCACACGAACGCAUGGAUGCAGCCCCAGCUAGCCUACCCCUCAUGUCAGGGAGGUGUUGUACCAACCCCUACUUCGUUAUCUUCGUACCCAUUGCAGACACAGUUACAGAAUCAGCUACAGCCCGUGCAGUCUAUGCAAAUAUCCACCAUGAACUCAUACAAUCAGCUGCAAUCUGGAUUUUCUGGUACCAAUGGGGGAAGUUUCGCGCCAAAUUUCUCCGCCUGCAGCGUUCCUAGACCUGAAGACAUGGUGGAUUCAACCAUGAGAUAUCCCUACUGGCCCACUGAUGUCAAGGAGGAGCCAGUGUGUAGUGUGAGUCUUCCCAGCUCAGGGUCUCUCUCCUACCCCUCCAUGGAGUUCUCUCUAGCCUCUAGACACAAGAUGUACAUGUGAUCUGCACCUCUCUCUAG